AUGCACUCUCGCUAUCCUCAGGCAGACCCCGGCACGAUUAUCCCAUUUGCCAUUGCUACGAUUCUCUUUGUGAUUCGAAUGGUCACUAAAGCUAUGCAUCUCGGUGGGGGAUGGGGCUCGGACGAUUACACUUUGAUGGUAGCCUAUGCUUUGGGAAUCGUGGUCUUUUCUGUCAACAUCUCCAUGAUUGAUCACGGAUUUGCGAAGAACAUAUGGGAUAUCUAUCCCCAAGAGAACAUCACCAUAGCAUACAAGGUACGUCUCGCCGUGCCGGCCCCAGUUGACAAAUCCUCAUUCCUCGCACAGCGCUUCUACGGGUUCGUCUUGGCGUACAAAGCCCUGAUAUCGCUCGCCAAAAUCUCGGUCUGUCUCUUCCUUCUACGGAUCUUCCGUUCCAGCACCUUCCGCUGGGUUGGAUACAUCAUGAUUGGAAUCAACUCCGCGAUCGCCAUCACCUGGAUGCUUCUUGACAGCUUCCAUUGUAUACCCGUCCAUCUCGCCUGGACUCAAUGGGAGGGCGUCGAGCAGGGCAAGUGCAUCAACUUUAUUGCCGCGACCUACGCGAAUGGAAUUGUCAACAUCAUCGUCGACGUUGUCAUGGUCGCGAUGCCCAUCUAUGAGGUCUCGAAACUGAAUCUGUCCCAGCGAAAGAAGAUCGGCGUGGCGGUCAUGUUCGCUUCGGGAUUAGUUCUCACGAUCAUCGGCAUUGUCCGUGUCAUUGUCUUUUCGCAAAACAGCUCGAACGACAAUCCCACAUAUGAAAUGGAGGCUCUGAAUCGCUGGUCUGUCAUCGAGUGUCAGAUCGCCAUCAUCUGCGCUUGUCUUCCGGCUACCAGAGCUAUGCUCGCCAGCUUCUCUCCGGGCAUCGUCGGCGAGUCGACCGGGGAGGCCUCCGCCGGGCUGCAGAACCAGUACAAUGGACCCAGCCGGUCCAACCACUCAAUGAAAGUCCCGCUACAAAAGGUCAACAUCUCAAAAACGGUGUCUUACUCUGUUGACUACGUUGGUAAAUCACCGCGAAGGUCUUCCAAUGGCUUUCUCCAGCUCGAUGAUCGCGGGUCUGAGAGAGACUAG